CCUAGGUAGCGCUUUCGAAAUUUCCCGUUUAACGGGGGGGCUUUGUUCUUGGCUCUAUUUCAUUGCUCCAGCCAAAAUGGGAAGAGCUACUGCGUGAGCGAUGAAGGAUUCCGCCAAAAGGUUUCUCCUCCUCCCUUUCUCCGGCCUCCUGCCAUCGUCAAUCUGCGUCCUCCUCGCCGCCGCGCUCGUCUUCUUGGCAGCUCUCACGAUCCCAAACCUGGGACUGGGAUUCUCACCGCCGCUGGAGCUCCUCCUCAUCCAUCCCUACGCGCCGAUCGCUCAAUCGCCUGGGAAUCUCUCCACCGCCGCGCCGCCGAGCGAUCCAGGUAGCCGAUCGGUGCCAAAUCUUGCUCAAAAUAUUUCGGUGCCAGCUCGAGGAGGAGGAGGAGGAAGAGGAGGAGGAGGAGGGGAUUCCAUCGAUCGCGAGGCGCGAGUGUGCGAUCUCUACACAGGCAAGUGGACGCCGGAUCCGCGCGGUCCCCUGUACCGCAACGAUGCGUGCCCCAUUCUUUCGCAGGCACAGAACUGUCAAGGGAAUGGAAGGCCGGACAGAGAUUACGAGUCUUGGAGAUGGGUACCCGAUGGCUGCGACCUUGCGCGCUUCAACGCCACCGAGUUCUUGCGCAUCAUGCGAGGCAAGGUCCUGGGAUUCGUGGGCGAUUCCGUGGCCAGGAACCAGAUGGAAUCGCUCAUGUGUAUCCUAAUGCAGGUGGAGAACCCCGUGAACAAAGGCAAUAAGAGGAUGCAACGCUGGUUUUUCCGCUCGAGCAAGGUGACCAUCGUCCGGAUCUGGUCGUCAUGGCUGGUGAAAUCCACGCCCGGCGACGCCUCGGUGAAGAACGCAACGAGAGUUCACAUCGAUCAACCCGACGCCAACUUCAUGGACUUCCUUCCCAGCGCGGACGUGCUCGUCAUCUCGUCCGGCCACUGGUUCGUGAAGAAGUCGGCGUUCAUGCGGGGUGGCCAGGUGGUGGGAACUCAGGGGUGGCACAGGCCGAACGCCACCAUGACCACCAGCGAAGCCUUCGCAGCGUCCAUGACCACGGCCCUCACCGCCAUCGCCGCCAGCCGGAGCUACAAGGGACUCACGGUUUUUCGGACGUUCUCGCCGGAUCACUACAUCGGGGGGUCGUGGAACACGGGGGGGUCGUGCACGGGGAUCACGAAGCCUCUCACGGACAACGAGGUGAAACGGAUUGGCAGCAGCGUCUUCACGAGCGAGAUGAGGCGGAUCCAACUCGAGGCGUUCGCGGAGGCGAAGAGGAACGCGAGCGGAGGAGGAGCCAGGCUGGUGCUCAUGGACGUGACUCGGGUGUUUGAGUACCGGGCAGACGGGCACCCGGGAUCGUUUCGAAGCAAAGAUCCCAGCGGCAAGGUGGCGGCGCAGGACUGUCUCCACUGGUGCAUGCCUGGACCCGUCGAUACGUGGAACGAGUUCUUGCUCCACAUCAUCGUCACGCACAAGAUCAACACGGCGCCUUGAUCCAUCAUCCAUUCUUUCGGGAAGCUCUCCAAUCCAUCUGUAAGUUUUGAUUCUUUGCAAGGGAAAGAAAGUUGCUA